UUUUCCUCCCAAAAUACGUCACUUAACUGUCUGUCAAAUAACUCUUGCCCAUUCUACCUGAUCACACUCUGAAGCUGCAGCUUUUCCUGCAUUCGCUUCUCAGUGACAAGCUGUUCAAACAGAGAACACCUAUCAAAAUGUAUCAUCAUCUGCUCCUUUCUUUCUUCGUUUCAGGAUAUACUGCUGUCCAUCAGGGGAAGUAAUUAAUGGGUUUUUAAUGUACAGAAGCGUCAUCCCAUCAGUUUGCUGUCUGGUUUGAAUAGCUCCUAUCAGCUCUUCAUUCAUGCCAAGUACGUUCACCGGACAGAGAAAUGAUAAAGCCAUACCUCCUUUUGGAUUUUUACCUCACUAUUCAAAAAACAGUGCACCAGAAGCAUGGGUUACAAAAGCACAAGGAGGACGGAACAAAUGCCUUCAUCCUCUACAGAAAGGAAGCUAAUGGAAUGAAAAGUUGGUAAGCAGAAAGGAAAGCAAGUGAGUACAAGAACAUUCAUGCUUCUAGUCCAGAUAAUGUGUUUUAAAACAGCUUGAUUUGGAAGUGUGUGUAAUUCUGAAAUACGAACAAGCAGAACUUUUCCAGGAGGUAAAAUGUACAUAGGAACAACCAGGAUUUCUCAUUGCUGAAGCAUUCAAUGAAUCUUUAAUAAGUUCUGAACACUCAAAUUGUCUGCGGUCAGAUCAACUGCUGUUAUCAGAUAAAGGCAAAACUCACCCUUCUGCUUCUAUAAUCCUAUCCAAAUAGAGUCUUCAUGUACCGCAUACUAUCCUAACUAAUGCUACAGGAUUAUCAGGAAUACAGAUAUAAAGACACUGCAAGAAAUAAAAUACUGGCAAAAGAAAACAUGAAAGGAAAGUAGAGAAUUAAUUUCAGGUCUCGAAGCUUACUAUUUCCAGCCAGAGUUCAAAUUACUGAGCUUCAAACAAACCACUGCCAGAUGCUGGCCAAGAAGAGCUGAAAGAAAACAGCCUAGAACCUAAGACAAUUCUAAUGUAAAAUUUUUGCCCCAGGAUGGAAGGGGACUCUUACCACAAUGCAACCACCGUCAAUGGCACCCCAGUAAAUCACCAGCCUUUGGAACGCCACAGCUUGUGGGAAGUCAUCACCAUUGCGGCUGUGACUGCUGUGGUAAGCCUGAUCACCAUUGUGGGCAAUGUCUUGGUCAUGAUCUCCUUCAAAGUCAACAGCCAGCUCAAGACAGUGAACAACUAUUACCUGCUCAGCUUAGCCUGUGCAGAUCUCAUCAUUGGGAUCUUCUCCAUGAACCUCUACACCACCUACAUCCUCAUGGGACGCUGGGCUCUCGGGAGUCUGGCUUGUGACCUUUGGCUUGCACUGGACUAUGUGGCCAGCAAUGCUUCUGUCAUGAACCUUCUGGUGAUCAGUUUUGACCGUUACUUUUCUAUCACAAGACCCUUGACGUAUCGGGCCAAGCGUACUCCAAAAAGGGCUGGCGUUAUGAUUGGCUUGGCCUGGCUGAUCUCCUUCAUCCUCUGGGCUCCAGCAAUUCUCUGCUGGCAGUACCUGGUUGGGAAGCGGACAGUUCCACCAGAUGAGUGCCAGAUCCAGUUUCUCUCUGAGCCCACCAUCACUUUUGGCACUGCCAUUGCUGCCUUCUACAUCCCUGUUUCUGUCAUGACCAUCCUCUACUGCCGAAUCUACCGGGAAACAGAAAAGCGAACCAAGGACCUGGCUGACCUCCAGGGUUCUGUCUCUGUGACCAAAGCCGAGAAGAGAAAGCCAGCUCAUAGGGCUUUGUUCAGAUCGUGCUUUCGCUGUCCUCGACCCACCCUGGUCCAGAGGGAAAGGAACCAGGCCUCCUGGUCAUCCUCCCACAGGAGCACCUCCAUCACUGGGAAGCCAGCCCAAGCCACUGGCCCAAGCACCAACUGGGCCAAAGCCGAGAAGCUCACCACCUGUAGCAGCUAUCCUUCCUCAGAGGAUGAGGAUAAGCCUGCCACUGACCCUGUCCUCCAAAUGGUCUACAAGAGUCAGGGCAAGGAAAGCGCAGGGGAAGAAUUCAGUGCCGAAGAGGCUGAGGAAACUUUUGUGAAUGGUCAAACUGAUAAAAAUGACUGUGACUCCCCAAACUACUUUCUGUCUCCAGCAGCUGCUCAUAGACCCAAGAGUCAGAAAUGUAUGGCCUAUAAGUUCCAAUUGGUUGUAAAAGCUGAUGGGACCCAGGAGACCAACAAUGGCUGUCACAAAGUGAAAAUCAUGCCCUGCUCCUUCCCAGUGGCCAAGGAACCUUCAACGAAAGGCCUCAGUCCCAAUCUCAGCCACCAAAUGACCAAACGAAAGAGAAUGGUCCUAGUCAAAGAGAGGAAAGCAGCCCAGACACUGAGUGCCAUUCUCCUGGCCUUCAUCAUCACAUGGACCCCUUAUAACAUCAUGGUCCUGGUUUCUACCUUCUGUGACAAAUGUGUCCCAGUUACCCUGUGGCACUUGGGCUACUGGUUGUGCUAUGUCAAUAGCACUGUCAACCCCAUCUGCUAUGCCCUCUGUAACAGAACCUUCAGGAAGACCUUUAAGAUGCUGCUUCUCUGCCGAUGGAAGAAGAAAAAAGUGGAAGAGAAGCUGUACUGGCAGGGGAACAGCAAGCUACCCUGAAAAGUUAACAAUUUAUCUCAAAAGAAGAAUGACCACAGUCAACAUCCUCUGAGAAUGAGCAAGCUGAUUCUGGUUUGUAUAUUUUCAAAAAGAAGACAUCUCAUUUUGAGUCCUUCAGGAUUUUUGUAAAGGCUCAAGGUCUGUUGCUAAAAGGAAGGGAUCACAGCUGCAGCAAUUGCUGUCAUAUUAAAUGACUCUUGCCUAUGACCAAGGCCACCUGAUGCCACUGGAGUUUGCCACUGAAGUAAAGGGAUAGGCUGAUGGCCCUUCACAGGGGAAAGCACACUUGGUAACAAUGAACAGUGACUCAGGGAACUUUUGUCCCUUCUGUGGGGAAAAGUAGGGACCAGGUGGAAACCUUUUCCUGUGGAAACCUAUCAUAGAACUUUGUGCAAUAUGUAUGUGUCUAUGAAGCUGUCUUGUGCCAGUGAGAACCAGGAGAAUGUACAUCAGUGUCACUUGUUAACAAGACUGAUAUUCAACUGGCUUCUAAGAAUAUCUUCUUAAACUGAUCACUAUCUAUUAUGCAGCUAUUAUGUGGUCUAUACUGUGUUUUGUUUUCCUGUCCCUACAUCUGAGUGAAGGUCUUGCUCUUCCCUUUCAUAUCCAAUGUUAAUUCCUCAUACUUACUGAACUCAUGGUGAUCUCCAGGGAACCAUCCUUUCCCUCAGAAUCCAGGAUCUGGAAGGACUGAAACCUGGUCAUACCCAGUGCUUUAAAGGGGACUCUAUUCUGCUAAUACAGAUGGAUCAAGUCUCCACAGUCA